UUCUUGUGAAUGCAGGAAUGCCCAUAUGCAGGAACUCCUCAAUUUGCGGCCGCAAUCACACACUAUCUGCCUGCGCAUGAAACCCUGCUGCCUCCCUGGGGAAUAAUAUCGCGUGGUUUGAUUGGUUGCUGGAUUUGGAACAAAGCUGCCGAACUUCAGAGUGAUUUAGGCUGCUUGCUGAAAGAAGCAUGUGAGACCAGACAUCUAAGAGGUAGAGCAACUUGCAGGUGUGCGGGAUAUUGAGAACGUGGUGUUGCUGUUAGCAGUAGGAGGUUAGGUGAUGGUGCAGAGGCUUCAAUCUGUUCUGACCCUCUACCUGUCAGGAGUGUUGGCUUUCCUAGGCCUGUGGUGGUACAUCUAUCGGAAGAAAGAAUACCAUCUCACUGACAAGGAUGACGCAAAUGAUGAGACGACCGCAGACCAGGAGCACCUGUCCUCCCCCAGAGACGUAGGUAACUGUGUUGUGGAGAACGGCCACUCGACUGGGAUGCAUCUGGACUGGCACGCAGUGAAGGAGCGGUCAUUAGUGGAACAGGAGCUUGUUGCCUGCCAAUCACAACCUGAGGUAAGGGUUGUGGCUGCAGACGGUCUCAUUAGUGGCCUGGCUACUGCUGCCGUGAAGCCUGUUUACGAGAGCACUGAGUCUUCAGCUCAAGUGUUCCUAGAGACUGCAGCUGAGGGUGGACCUGAGCAGGAUCUAGAAUUACAAUGGGAACACCAGCCAUGUGUGCCAUCAGCCAUGCGUGCCACCAGCCAUGAGUCAACUUGCUCCUUAUCAAUCUGUGACCUAGGCUCUGGUAAAUCUAAGUCCGUCGGUGAAAGUGCAGGUUUAAAUCAACCACUACAGUCUGCGACACUGGAGGACAUUACAAACAGCACUUUGAAACUGGAGCCUGCAGAGGAGGUGGUGGUUAGACUGGAGCCUGCAGAGGCGGAGGAGGUGGUUAGACUGGAGCCUGCGGAGGAGGUGGUUAGACUGGAGCCUGCGGUGGAGGUGGUUAGACUGGAGCCUGCGGUGGAGGUGGUUAGACUGGAGCCUACGGUGGAGGUGGUUAGACUGGAGCCUACGGUGGAGGUGGUUAGACUGGAGCCUGCGGUGGAGGUGGUUAGACUGGAGCCUACGGUGGAGGUGGUUAGACUGGAGCCUGCGGAGGAGGUUAGACUGGAGCCUGCGGAGGAGGUUAGACUGGAGCCUGCGGAGGAGGUUAGACUGGAGCCUGCGGAGGAGGUUAGACUGGAGCCUGCGGAGGAGGUUAGACUGGAGCCUGCAGAGGAGGUGGUUAGACUGGAGCCUGCGGAGGAGGUGGUUAGACUGGAGCCUGCGGAGGAGGUGGUUAGACUGGAGCCUGCGGAGGAGGUGGUUAGACUGGAGCCUGCGGAGGAGGUGGUUAGACUGGAGCCUGCGGAGGAGGUGGUUAGACUGGAGCCUACGGUGGAGGUGGUUAGACUGGAGCCUGCGGAGGAGGUUAGACUGGAGCCUGCAGAGGAGGUUAGACUGGAGCCUGCAGAGGAGGAGGAGGAGGUUAGACUGGAGCCUGCAGAGGAGGAGGAGGAGGUUAGACUGGAGCCAGAGGGAGACAUCCUGUCGUCUGUGGAAGAACCAACCUGUGAGUCAAGUCUACAGGCUGACACCUGUCUGGCUUCCCCCAGCCACCUUAUAACCAGUCGGGUGUCUGCCUCAAAGCAGCCAUUGGGAAUUUUGAGGUCACCUCAGAAGAAAGAGUCUGAGGAAUGUAAAUUCAGCAGGAGCAACACCGCAGAAAUUAACCAGCUCGUGUCAGGUCUCAUCACUAAUGUGGUCUCCGCAGCAGUGAGUCAAUUCCUGAAGGAAAAGACCCAGCUAGGACAUGGUGUUAGUCCUCUCCAUAGCGGGGAUCCCUGCAAAGCCCCAGACCAUAUCUCAAUGGAUAACAGUGAGCAUGAGAUGCCACCUCUAUUCCAAGAGGAUCUGUGUUCAACAACCGGCAGAGAGAACAUCAGUUCAUCUCCUAUAGUUCAUGAGGACGUGAAACACGACCACAGCAGUAGAGCUGAGAUUGAGACGGAGAAGAUUGAGCUAGCAGAAAAAGAUUCUGCAGUAGGUGAUUCUGGAUCCAGCUCUGGUCAGACCGAAAAGGUCUCCAGUGGCAAGGAGUUGAGCACCAGUAUGAGCCCACAACCACCCAGAGGACCUGCUGAAGGACUGGGGGCCACCAGCAUGUUCCUCACUAACGGUUGGUGGAUGGCGACUGUUCCAGGCUCUGGUGUGAACAACAUGGACUGUGUAGAUGGUUACUGUCAACAUGAAGCCAGGGACAACAAGCAUAGCAGUCCCAGUCUACCAAGUCAGCUACUGAACACCAAUCAGGCAAUUGAAAAAUACAACCAAAGUCACAACCGCAGCCAGUCACCGACUGUUUGGGAGAUAGAGGUGCCAAAGCAUUUUGUUGGUAGAUUGAUUGGGAAGAAGGGGAGACAUGUGAACUACCUGAAGGAGAUGUCUGGAGCUAAGGUCUUCAUCACCGCCCUACCUUACACCCAGGAGUUCCAGAUCUGCCACAUAGAGGGGUCAGAGGAACAGGUGGAUUGUGCUCUGGAGCUGAUAAGGAAAAAGUUCAAAGAUCUAGAUGUGACCAACUGUUACGUCCAACCUCCAGUGACCAGCCUUCCCUCUCUCUCCAUCACAUCCUGGCUGCUGCUUCCCCAUAGGGUUACAGUCGAGGUAACGGUGAUCCAGGUCGCAUCUGGGAACUGUGUGUUCCUCCAGCAGCACAAACACCCCACCUUCCAUGCUCUCUGCAGUCUGGACCAAAAUAUGAGCCUUUGCUACUCUCACCCAGGGUGCCCUCUCCUGCCGGCCCCUGUGGAAGUUGGAGUGAUCUGUGCUGCCCAGAUGCCUGAGGGAGCCUGGUGGAGAGCGCAGGUGAUGGGUCACCAUGAAGAAACCAUGGUGGAACUCCGCUAUGUGGACUAUGGAGGCUAUGAUAUAGUGAAGACGGACACCCUCCGCCAGAUCAGAUCUGACUUCGUUGCGUUGCCGUUCCAAGGGUCUGAGGUGAUCCUGGAAAAUAUUGCACCCAUUCCAGAUUUUUCAGCUGCAGCCAAAUCUGCUCUGGAGGAGAUGACACGAGGAUUGGCACUACUUGCACAGGUCACAAACUGUCACACCAGUGGCAUUCCUUUGGUACAGAUAUGGAGAACAGAAGGAGAAGAGUUGGUGUCUGUGAACCGUGCUAUGGUGGAUAAUGGACUGUGCAGCUGGGUAGACAGCCCCUGACCGUGAAGCGCAAUCCUGGCUGUUCAGAUAGUUUUAAUACCUCCUUCCUCCCUUGUGAGGUAAGCACAGAUCUAUAAGUGAUUGGAUAGGUGUAAGUUUACCACCCUUUUUCUGUCACCAAUCCAGAUCUGUGAUUACCUCACAGUAGCUAGGAAGGAACAAUGGAUUUCUGAAGUAUUCAAACAGGACCCUUGCCUUGUCUUUCACCUUUUUACCCCCUCAGUCCCACCUCUGGACUACUGCCUUGAUGGCAUAACAAUGUUGUCCUGCAGCACAACGUCUUCCUGCUCAACUCAACCAUUAUACCUGUUUCUUUACAACCAUGUACACACAAUCAAAGUAAUUUAUUUUGGGAAGUUUUAUUUACUUCCACCCGGUCCUAUAAAUGUUUGUAUUGGACACAUAAUGUAAUCAUAAUUAACAAUCUCACUUAACCCCCCCCACACACACACUGAAUACUGUUUUGUUUUUAAUGUAUACAUUUCUAUUAAGAAACUAAAUAAAGAUCAACUGUCCUUA